AUGUUAACCGAGCAGCAGACAUUAGAGCUUUUUCCAGAAGAAUGGGAGCGAAAUCACGAAAUUUUGUUGAAGUUUCCGAACGGGUUGCCAAAGGAUGAUAGCGGAAAUCAGAGUAGCUCCAACGACCCAGAAAAUGAAAUAGAAAGUAAAAAAAGUAAUACGGAAAGCUCUCGAGUACCUCUUCCUGCAGAGUCGUUUCCUCGUUUUGGCGUUGAGCCUAAUAAUACAGAUCUUGAUUAUGUACUUUGCCCGACAUGCGACAGGCCAUAUUUAUCAAACUAUAUUGAGGAGCAUAAUGGGAAAUGUGUUGAGAAAAAUUCACUAAAGCGUCAGACAGAAAAGGAUGUUUCUGCAGCAGUAAACUCAAAGGAAACGGUGACUUCAUCUACGGCUUCUGUCAAGAAUGGUAGUAAAGCAGCGCAUCCAAAACUGAAUGGUUCUUCUGGAGACGCUUCCAACCAUAGUAAUAAUACCACAGAGGUUGCUCCUUCUAAACGACGGAAAGUGGAAGAAAGUAAGAAAUCCACGAAAGCGAAUGCUUCGUCCAAAAAGGACGUGGGAAAGAAGAAGAAUACAAAACAAAAAGGUCCUGUUGAUGUUGACAAACAAUGUGGUGUCCUUUUACCUAACAACCUGAUGUGUGCACGUUCUUUGACAUGCAAAACUCAUUCCAUGUCAAGCAAGCGUGCUGUUCCUGGUCGCUCUCAGCCAUAUGAUGUUUUGCUAGCUUCUUGUCAAAAGAAAAACCAAGCCAAAAUACAACGUCAAAUUCUCGAAACCGCCAAAGAAUCGGAAGAACAGCAACACGAAACACCUGUCGAUUCGGAUGAGGAAGUUGAUUUUAUUAUGAACGCACUACAACAAUCUGGUAAUAAACCUUUAGAACAUAGAACAGUUUUACCUGUUAAACGGAGGCAUACCUAUUUCCGUACUAGGGAGUUAAUUGCGGCCGCCUUUCGACACGGAGAACAAGGAAUGCAAGUUACCGGUACCAUACUUGGAAGAGUUGUUCCUUUUAGCGCACGUUAA